UAGCGGGUGGGGCCGGAAGUGCUGCUCCCGGGUGGGGGCUGUUCAUGGCGGUUUCGGGGUCUCCAACAGCUUCUCAAGUUGAAGUCCAAAAGACUCCCGAGGCGGGGUCUGCGGAGUUUGAGGUUUUUGCUGGUGUGAAAUGACUGAGUACAAACUGGUGGUGGUUGGAGCAGGUGGUGUUGGGAAAAGUGCUUUGACAAUCCAGCUUAUCCAGAACCAUUUUGUGGAUGAAUAUGAUCCCACCAUAGAGGAUUCCUACCGAAAACAAGUGGUGAUUGACGGUGAGACCUGUCUGCUGGACAUACUGGACACAGCUGGACAAGAGGAGUACAGUGCCAUGAGAGACCAGUACAUGAGGACAGGCGAAGGCUUCCUCUGUGUAUUUGCCAUCAAUAAUAGCAAGUCAUUUGCAGAUAUUAACCUCUACAGAGAGCAAAUUAAGCGAGUGAAAGACUCUGAUGAUGUCCCCAUGGUGCUGGUAGGGAACAAGUGUGACUUGCCAACAAGGACCGUUGACACAAAGCAAGCCCACGAGCUGGCCAAGAGUUACGGAAUUCCAUUCAUUGAAACCUCAGCCAAGACCCGCCAGGGUGUGGAAGAUGCCUUUUAUACACUCGUAAGGGAGAUACGCCAGUACCGAAUGAAAAAGCUCAACAGCAGUGAUGACGGCACUCAAGGUUGUAUGGGACUGCCCUGUGUGGUGAUGUAGUAAGACCCUUUGAAAGUUCUGUCAUCAGAAAAGAGCCACUUUGAAGCUGCACUGAUGCCCUGGUUCUGACAUCCCUGGAGGAGACAUGUUCCUGCUGCUCUCUGCAUCUCAGAGAAGCUCCUGCUUCCUGCUUCCUGCUUCCCCGACUCAGUUACUGAGCACAGCCAUCUAACCUGAAACCUCUUCAGAAUAACUACCUCCUCACUCGGCUGUCUGACCAGAGAAAUGGACCUGUUUCUCCCCAGUAAUUCUCUACCCUGGGUUUCCCCUAGAAACAAACACACCUGCCAGCUGACUUUGUCCUCUGAAAAGCAGUUUACAUUGAUGCAGAAUACCAAACUAUAGACAUGCAAUUCUAUUGACAACAGUUUCUUAAGCUCUUAAGGUAACAACUGCUGGUGACUUCCCCCUGCCCCCAACUGUUGAACUUGGCCUUGGGGGAAAAUGUCAUAAAUUACUCUUUCCAAGAAUAUAGUUAAUGUUGCUGAUUGAUUGAUUCGUAAUGUGAUCAGCUAUAUUCUAUAAACUGGCAUCUGCUCUGUAUUCGUAAAUGCAAACAUGAAUACUCUCAACUGCAUGUAUUUAAAUCCAACAUUCACAACAAAGUGCCUUUUUCUGAAAAGUGCUCUGUAGGCUUCCAUUACAAAAUUCCAGUUUGUAAUUGGAAUAGGUAUUUCAAGAACUAUUGUAUAGGAAAGUGACUGUGAGCCAUCUACCUUUGAGGGAAAGGUAUCUCUAGCUGAUGGCAGAUGCUUGGUGUAUGCACAUGAAGAUAGUUUCCCUGUUUGGGGUUCUCCAGGAGAAAGAUGGAACUGAAACAAUUAUGAGUAAUUUCAUUUAAUUCUAGCUAAUCUUUUUUUUUUUGGUAGGUUACCACCUAUAAAUAUUUGUAAUUUCUUCUAGCUUACUGAUAAUUAAUAAUCAAUGAGCUUCCAUUAUAAUAAAUUGGCUCAUACCAGGAGGCCCUCCAUUUAUUGUUAGAUACUGUAAAAAUUGGCAUGUUAUUACUUUAUAGCUGUGAUUAAUGAUUCUUCAAACCUAAAAUAUAGUUAUUAGCAGGUGGGUUGUAUCUUUGCUGCAUAGUUUCUUCAUGGAAUAUAUAUAUGGAGAGAGAGGGGAGUGGCCUCAGUUCCCUUCUCAGCAUCCCUCUCCUCAGCCUAGAGCAGUUCAAGCAUCCUACGGGGGCUUGAAUAGUUAUCUCAGUUGAAUAAACUAUGGUGCUAAUGGACCAGGUCAUGGUUUCAAAACUUGAACAAGCCAUUUAGCAUCACAGAGAAAACAGUUCAUCUAUAUUUGCUCCCUGCCUAUUACUCAUGCUUCUAGACUUUUGCCUGAUGCCUGCUGUUAGUGCUAUAAGGAUAAAACUUAGUGUCUUCUAUACCAGGACUGGAGAUUCCUGGUGAGCUGUGGGGUAAACCUAGAUAUCGUUACAAUUUCAGACCCUUCUUUUUAGCUGCAUGGAAACGGAAGCAAGAGUUCAUACCUCCGUCUCUCCCCUCAGUAGGGUAAUGUUCUUUAAUCUGUAUAGCUUUUUAAAAGUGUUUAAAACAUGUCUAUAAGUUAGGCUGCCAACUAACAAAAGCUGAUGUGUUUGUUCAAAUAAAGAGGUAUCCUUUGCUACUUGAGAAAAGAAUGUAAAAUGCCAUUAAUUGUUGUCAUGUAGAGGCUUGGUAUUUGUGGUAAUGCCCUGAUAACUCAUUGGUGGAUUUUGUUUGUCAUGUGAUACUUAAGAUAUAACUUAGCUCAGUAAUUCUAAUGAAAACGUAAGUUGAAUACCUUGAUUGAAAAAAGCAAACCUAAUUCCAAAAUAGCCAUUUUGUCUUCUGAUCUUGUAAUACUUAAAAUCUAAGAUCCUUGGGAUUCUUUUGUUUAUAACAGGAUCUUGCUGUGUAGUCCUGGCUGGUCUCAAACUCACAACACUCUUCCUGGACCAAUCUCCCAAGUGCUGAUCACACACCUGGCUGAUCUAGUUUCCAAUGAAUUUUCAUUGUUAUGCAAAUUCCCCCAUCAUCUUGGAACUAACAAAAGAGGGAAAACUGGAGCAGUGCUAAGGCAGGAAUCUGUCACCUGGGGUUUGCAUUCCUAAGCAAACUGCUGCCCUUUACAGCGUGGCUCCAUCUUCUUGCAGCUGCUGAACCAGCACUCGGUCUUGUUCUGUUUUACUGUGUCUGUCUGUAUGUAUGGGGGUCCCUACAAAGUUCAUUAAACUCCAGUUAAGGAGAAAGUUACUCCCCUUGGCCCUUUCGACCAUAGAGUGUGUGUGUGUGUGUGUGUGUGUGUGUGUGUGUGUGUGUGUGUGUGUGAGUGUGUGAGUGUGUGAGUAUGUAUGUCUAUAGUUGGUCUCCAGUAUGUUCUAAAAGUUACUCCCCUUGGCCCUUUCGACCAUAUCGUUCGUGUGUGUGUGUGUGUGUGUGUGUGUGUGUGUGUGUGUGUGUGUGUGUGUAUGUGUGUGUAUGUGUAGUUGGUCUCUAGUAUGCUCCAGUCUGUUCUAGACAAACAAAUGGAGCCAAUUCAGGCUUCAGAUGUCCUUACUAGCAUAUAUUCCCACAAGGUGUGGGUUUUGGCACAACAGUGACAAAUUUAAAAGCCAAGUAAGUCCAGUUGGUGUGGUAUCAAAGUGUUUUUAGAGAGAGUAAUUAGUGAAGAUCUGGUUUACCUCAAAGUUUCAAAGCCUCUCUUCCUGAACUUAAGUGCCUGACCCGCUGUCACAAAUUAACAUGUUCCUGUAAGGCAGUUAGUUGAAACUUUGUUCACACAUUGGAGAGUAUGAAAAUGAGGUGUUCUAAGAGCUCUGAUACUGAAUCUGUGUAAACCUGUUAAAUGCUGUUUGUUCCAGGACUUGAGUGUGUGAGUUGGUAACUUAGUACUUGUUUACCAGUUCCAUAGGAGCGCUAUGUGUACAGUGAAGGAGGGUUUGUUGUAGCUGGCCACCUGUAGAAUCAGCCUUUAAACUGCUGUGAACUUUGUCAUGACUUGAACAUGAAGAUAGACAAAAACUCUCUGAAGACAAAUGUUUGUUUUCCCCAUUACAGAAUGAGCUUGGUUUUGUUUUAUCAUUGUAUUUAGUCGUAAACUCUCAAGCUGGCAGCUACAACCAAGGAUCAGAAGGUGUGUUCCACCGGGUAGGAUCAGCUCUGCUCAUUAUGAGAAGCAGAGGUAAUAGUGGAAAACAUUUUGCCUGGGUGGUUCCUAUUUAAAAGAGAGAGGUGAUAAUUCUUGAACAUUAGUUUUUAUUUUGCUAUUUCUUUAAGCUGUCUGAUGUGCCACAAAAUUGUUUUAAGGUAUUUGUGUUUUAAGAGUGUUCUCAUGAGAUUAGUUGUAGAUACUUUAAAAAAUACAACUGGUUUUUAAAAAUCUGAGUAUUGCUCUAAGCAAAGGUUUAAACUCUGGAGAGAAGGGAAGGUGGAUGGAAGUUAUUUGGCUUUUGUAUUUCCGUGCUGUCAAAUAUAGGUCAGAAUGUCAACUGUGCAAUCCUGCUGUUUAAAGAACUAUUGGCCUCUGGGGCUCUCAUAAAGGGGCUGAUAUUUUAAGUUGACUGUUUUAUUGUAAAUUAAUCCAUUUUAAUUUUUAAAGACUUGAUUGACUGUAUUCCUUGUUAAAUAAUUUUGAAAAAUAAAAAACUGGAAAUUCUUUGCUUAA